CAUCAGAUAAAUUUUGCCACUGACUUCAUCCACAGUGCUAUACUCUUGAAGCUGUGGCCUCAAAUUGCUGUUUUUCAAAUCUGAGCUAUCAAUGGACAAACCCCAUAAGUUCAAACUAGCAGUUUGAAAGCAUCGAGCAGAUGGGGAAUAGAAGCUAUGACGGAAAUGACCAUUUGGAAGAACUGUCCCAUUCUGGUUGACAUGAGAAAAGGGUUCACUUCCAACAAAAGAACCAAAUUUUACAGUUUUAACUGUAUUCAGGCCUGUGAUCUUGUGAGAAUCUUUUCAAGAAAACUUUGCUUCCCCACUUUGUCUAGAAAAUGUGAAGCAUGCAUAUCUGAGGAUGAAAAGGUGGGAUUGGAAUGAUUGAAAGCCCCAGCGAAUUCAACGCCUUUCUCGCUACCAUCUUUGUACCUCCGUCAUUUGCGACUCUGUUUAUAGCUUUGCAACCCUCCGUUAAAGCACAUAUUUUUCUGACUCUUUCCUCCAAUUUCCUCUCCUUUCCUAUUUCUUACGUAAGUAGAUUAUCCAUUUCUCUCCAAGGGAAAAAAGGAAAAAAUCAAAAUCAUCAAGCAAUGCCUACAACGACCAAUAACCUAGGAUCUUUCCUGGGUCGAAUUAGCAUCAGCCGAAACCAAGUUAUUGCCAUGGGAGCUAAUGACCAAGAACUCGAGGACCUCGAGCUCUUCCAGAAGCAUGUCGGCGAUCGCUUCGCCGAACUCUUUACUACAUCUGAUGAACCCUCCUUUGCUGAUGCUCUCCUUUCUAAACGUUGGCUUCGAAGACUCCUUGAUAUGUUCCUCUGUUACGAGGUUGAGUUUAAGGCCCUCGUCAUCAUGGGCCAAGACCCUUCUCAGAUUUUCAAAUCCCCUCUUGAUUAUUUGAUUCUGGAGCUCCUCGAACGCACGGUGAACGUGCUAGACAUUUGUAAUGCAGUCACCAGUGGGACUGAGGCCAUCAAACAUUGCCAGAAAUUGGCAAAGAUUACUGUCUCUGCUUUGGAACAGAGGCCUAUUGGCGAUGGACGGAUUAGGAGGGCGCUAAAGGCGUUGAAUUCGUUGAUGAUGGCAAUGAUGAUCAAUGACAAAGAGGGCAGCAAUAAUUGGACUGAAUUCAUUGAUUUGGGUUAAUUGCAGACAGUGGGUUUCGAAAGGAAGAAAGAAAUUAGGGAAACGAGAGUGAUUUGGGGAUUUCUUAUUUGCUGUAAGAUAUGAUGUGGCACGAGAUGAUAUGGC